CUUUUCUCCCGCACUCCCGCCCUAGCAACGUGCGCCUGCUGCUAGGGGCGGAGGCGCGGGAGGGCUCGGAGGCUGUUCACACCCCCAGGCUCCACGUUCCCGCCGGCCCCAGCUCCAGCCCCCCAGCCCACCGCUGGGCGUGGUGGCAGGUGCCUGUAAUCCCAGCUACUCAGGAAGCUGAGGCUAGAGAAUCGCUUGAACCUGGGAGGUGGAGGUUGUGGUGAGCUGAGAUCGUACCACUGCACUCCAGCCUGGAAAACAAGAGAGAAACUCCAUCUCAGAAAAAAAAAAAAAAUAGCAUACCACCAAGCCAACUCUUCAUCUUAGUAUUCCAUUCAUUCAUUCAACAGUGCAAACAUGCUUAGACAAAGAAGAGAUUAACUUCAGUGGCUUCCCACUAAUUACAGAGAUUAAGAAGUGGCUGCCUGAACUAUUUUCCAAAGGAUACACAUUACAAAUUAUUGAAUAGGGCAGCUCACCAAGAAGAUCCUAUUGGUUUGGGGGGAACACAACUUCCAGCAGCCACAAGGGAUGCUGCUACUCAGGUGCCAACUGAAACAAGCUCCUCCACAGAAGGUUUCGUGUAGGUUUUGUGUCGUGAUGGGGAAACUGCAAAGCAAACUCAAACACAGCACUUAUAAAUACAGGCCUGAUGAAAUUAUAGAAGAGAGAAUUCAAACUAAAGCUUUUCAAGAAUAUAGCCCAGCUCACAUGGAUACCGUCUCUGUCGUGGCUGCUUUGAACUCAGACCUUUGUGUCUCUGGAGGGAAAGAUAAGACAGUUGUGGCCUAUAAUUGGAAAACUGGAAAUGUGGUGAAAAGGUUCAAAGGACAUGAACGUGAGAUCACCAAGGUAGCCUGUAUUCCCGAAUCCAGCCAGUUCUUCAGUGCCUCUCGUGACAGGAUGGUCAUGAUGUGGGACUUGCACGGUUCCUCACAACCAAGGCAGCAAUUGUGUGGCCAUGCCAUGGUGGUCACCGGAUUGGCUGUGAGUCCAGACUCAUCACAGCUGUGCACUGGCUCUCGGGACAACACCCUGCUUCUGUGGGAUGUGGUGACAGGACAGAGUGUGGAAAGAGCAUCUGUUUCCAGGAACGUGGUCACUCACCUGUGCUGGGUCCCCAGAGAACCAUACAUACUACAGACUUCUGAAGAUAAAACCCUCAGAUUAUGGGACAGUCGGGGGCUGCAGGUAGCUCAUAUGUUUCCUGCAAAGCAGCACAUUCAAACCUACUGUGAAGUCAGUGUGGAUGGACACAAGUGUAUCUCCUGCAGCAAUGGCUUUGGAGGAGAAGGCUGUGAAGCCACGUUGUGGGACCUAAGACAGACUCGAAACAGAAUAUGUGAGUAUAAGGGGCAUUUCCAGACUGUCGCAUCCUGCGUCUUUCUACCAAGAGCAUUGGCCUUGAUGCCUUUAAUUGCUACCUCAUCACAUGAUUGCAAGGUGAAGAUUUGGAAUCAAGAUACUGGAGGGGCUCAGCACAGGGAAGGAUCCAUCUCGGCUAGAAGCCAGGAGUCAAGGCGGGUCAGCGCACAGAGGACAGUGGAAUCCGAGGGGAUGGCAGGAGAUCAACUGGACCCAGAACAGAGGCCUGCAAGGAUGAGUGCAUUUGACCCCCUCAGAGAAAAAGCCAGAUGACUCACAGGAGAAAGACAAAGCAACCAAAGCUUCCCGGGUGUACAGGAAGUCCAAAGUCACCAGAAGGAAGAAGAAAACCUGAAACAGGGAGAGCUGGCCAAGCGCUGCUAAGACCUAUGCAAAUGAGACCCAC